UGCCAAACGCGCGUGUCGCCUCCGACGCUCGCGCCCCGCGCGCCAUAUCUCAUUUACCGAGCGACGCCGCAACAGCGGUGCUGCGGCCGGCCCUGCCCGCCGGGCCGGCCACGACCACUCGAAAGAACAUGAUUGUGCCCAUUGUUUACAUUACUAGUUGAUACCACUGCCCCACGCUGGCAUGCUAAUUCGGACUGUUGGGCGCGAUACGUGGACUGCACGCGGCGACGCGCGGCUGGCCGUCCUGGGCUCUCUGGGCUGUAGCUCGGGCGGGCACGAUGCGGUAGCGGAGGCGCGCCCGAAUGGGCCCGGUCUAGAUGUGGCCCCCUCGCGCCUCAUUGUAAGUCUCGAUCAUUCGAUGACACAGCCAAGGAGGACCCAUGUCUUACUGGGGAGGUGUUAGCCUAAGAUGGUGCUGGCGUUUGUGGUCGGAGUCCUGUGCGUGUGUGGCCGCUUAACCGUCGCAAACCCGGAAGCGAAGCGGCUCUACGACGACCUCUUGUCAAACUACAAUCGGCUCAUUCGGCCGGUCGGCAAUAACUCAGAUCGUCUAACCGUCAAGAUGGGGCUUCGGCUGAGUCAGCUCAUCGACGUUAAUCUUAAGAAUCAAAUCAUGACAACGAAUGUGUGGGUGGAACAGGAGUGGAAUGAUUAUAAGCUGAAAUGGAAUCCGGACGAUUACGGUGGUGUAGAAACAUUGCACGUGCCUUCAGAACACAUAUGGCUGCCAGAUAUAGUCUUAUAUAAUAAUGCCGAUGGCAACUACGAAGUGACGAUAAUGACUAAAGCCAUCCUACAUCAUGACGGCAAAGUCGUCUGGAAACCUCCUGCCAUCUACAAGUCAUUCUGCGAGAUUGACGUCGAGUAUUUCCCCUUUGACGAGCAGACCUGCUUCAUGAAGUUUGGCUCUUGGAGUUACGAUGGUUAUACGGUGGAUCUAAGGCAUUUAAAACAGACGCCGGACUCAGACCACAUAGGAAUGGGCAUUGACCUAUCUGAGUACUAUAUUUCUGUAGAAUGGGAUAUUAUGCGAGUGCCGGCUACACGAAAUGAAAAAUUCUACUCUUGCUGCGAAGAACCCUACCCCGACAUCAUUUUUAAUCUCACUCUACGAAGAAAAACCCUUUUCUACACAGUUAAUCUCAUCAUUCCAUGUGUCGGAAUAUCAUUCUUAUCAGUUUUAGUAUUCUACUUACCCUCCGAUUCCGGCGAGAAAAUUUCACUCUGUAUCUCUAUUUUGCUGUCCCUAACUGUGUUCUUCUUGUUGUUAGCAGAAAUUAUUCCCCCAACAUCACUGACGGUUCCACUGUUAGGCAAAUAUCUAUUAUUUACUAUGAUGCUAGUCACUCUAUCUGUAGUGGUCACUAUCGUGGUGCUAAAUGUAAAUUUUAGGUCCCCAGUCACUCACAAUAUGGCUCCAUGGGUGCGAAAAGUCUUUAUAGAUUUUUUACCUAAAAUAUUGUGUAUUCAAAGACCAGAAAAACCGCCCGAUGACGACGACGACGACAAUGACAAACCUACAGAGGUGUUGACUGACGUUUUUGGUGGAGAUGAUAUGGAUGGGAAAUUCAAAGAGUGGGCCUGUGAAGAGUAUGAACUACCGGGUAUGCCACCUUCUCCUCCUCCUCCUCCAGGUGGUGAUGAUGAACUGUUUUCUCCUUCGCCUGGCUCUCCUUGCCGCUUGGACUUAGACGAUGGUAGCCCGUCUUUAGAAAAACCGUUCGUAAGAGAAAUGGAAAAGACUAUAGAAGGCUCCAGGUUCAUAGCUCAACACGUAAAAAACAAAGAUAAAUUUGAAAGCGUGGAAGACGACUGGAAGUACGUAGCUAUGGUGUUAGAUAGAAUCUUCCUAUUUGCAUUUACGAUAGCGUGUGUCGUCGGUACGGCUUUAAUCAUUUUUAGAGCGCCAACUUUUUACGACAACACGAAACCCAUAGAUAUUCUAUAUUCAAAGAUCGCGAAGAAGAAGUUGGAAUUGCUCAAAAUGGGCUCAGAAGGAGACCCAGGUCUCUGAAAUUCGUCUUACGUCUUCGGUCACUCGCCGCCGAAGACGUUCUGGGAGUUGAUUGUCAUGUGGUGGCACGGAUGAUCCAUGUAAAGCUCCCAGUUGGGAAGUUGUUCGGCGAGAACUCUUGUGCUCAGUGCAGUGCCAAUCGCCCGGUGCGAUAAACAUUAUACCGCGUGCGUUAAAAACCGUCUUUUAUACAAACUCUACUAGACUGUGUCCGUCAAUAGUGGAAUCGAGAACGGAAUAGGCGUUUUGUGUUGACGCCAGAUCUGCCAUAACUAUUUUUAUAAGGAUCGCUGAUCGUCGUUGCGUAUAAGCCUAUUUUGUAUCUUUGACGUUUGUUUACAGUAAUUAUUUAAUACGACGCACAACAUUGAAUUAUCUGUAGGAUAAUUGUUCACAAGUUUUAAGUUAUGUAUUCGAUGUAUUUAAAAGAAUAAGAUUAGGUAAGGUUUACUUCGAAUAAAAUCGAGCUCAAUUCAGUAACGUUUAAGUAUAAUUAAAGCAAUUUCGUAUCAACUAUAUAAUUAUUUCAUAGUUUGUUACGUAAAUACGUAUAUAAUAUUUUCGUGCAACGUCCUCGGUGUAUAGGACAUUGUGAAAGUGUGUAAUAUUUAUAGUUAAAUAAGUAUUGGGAAUUAUACAUUUAAUAUUUUAUAAACUGCGUACUCGCGUAAAAAUAAUAUGGACAAUAUAAAUAAUAUGAAAACAUAAUAGCCCUGUAGUUUAAUUAAAGAUGUAGAUAUCGUUAGAUUUUAACCUAGAUACCAGAAUAAGAAAUAAUGGACUCCCAUAAUAUUAUGAAUCCAAAUUAGUUUGAUAACAGGAAUCGCGUCAGUGAUAAUGUUUGACUAGAUUUCGAUAAAACAAUUGACUGCCAAUUGUAAUAUAUAACUUUUAUAAACUCAGUAUUAUUAGAUAGUUUGAUAACUUGUUUCAUUUAUUAAAUUUUAUCUGUGUGCCAAAUAUUGCCAGUAACUUCAUAGUUUCGAAAAUGCCAACUGAGACAAUUUUAAGAUUUUCCAUUCAUUUUUAUAAUAUUGUGCUUGUUCAAUGUCUGUCACUUUUAUUGCUUGCCCAAGAAAGCAACGACUGAUCGUAAGAAUUCGUGUAUAUUCUUUUUGGACAAAUUCAAUUAUGUUACCUAAUAAUUACGUAUUUGUAACGUCGAUACCAAUCCUAGAGUACAGGGUAAAAUUAGUACACAAACUAUUCCUGAUUUGUAUUCUCACGAUUUCACCGAUUGUAUUGUCUUUUACACACUUAUCGGCACUCAAUAUCACGUCUUAGAUAAUAAAUUCAUUGUUGAGGUUUGUGAAUUUAGGCAUUAAUAAUUUAGGUAGUGUAAAUUUUCCCUAGCUUAGAAUCGGUUAGUUAUUCAUUUCGUUCGUACCUCUCCACGUCAUAUUCUAAACGGUAGAAUGUACAUGAUUCGUAGCGCAUGUAAGCGCCUCAUGUUAAACACCGCAUUAAUCCAUCGGUAGGUAUUGUAGAAUGUGUCGUAAUAAUAAUAAAUAAAAAAUUUCGAGCCGCGUUUUUGAUAUGUCAAAGUAAUUCAUGAUUAUUAGAUAAUGAUAACCUAGUUAAAACAGAAGUUAUUCAUAUUUUAAUAAACACAGCGAGCGAUAGGAAAACAGGGAAUGGUAUAGAAAAAUAAAUUCGUAAAGUGUGAUUUGUCAUAGUGUUUAUAAUAUGUGUUGUUGAAUGUGUUUAGAUGUUUGUACUCUUACAGACAUUGGAUAGUCUACAUUAGGUUAAAUGGUAGUUCAUUAUGGACGAUGCUAAUGCAUUGUCGGACGCUCGCUAAAGGUUGAAUGAAAUAUAGUACCCACCAUUCCGAACGGAAGCAAAAAUCGCUAGAAAGCAGCUCAAAGUCAGAAUGGAGAGAUAGAAAUUAGGUUCGAUGUGGGAGUCACGUAGGUAAACCAUGCGAACAGUGAUAAAUGGGAACUCGCGUCUAACGGAUUGCCUCCCUUUUAUUGUCACAUAAUCGUAGGAUACGGUAAAUCGCUACUUGGAGCUGUCUGCCUCAACUUUAGGUUCAAAGGAAUUUCGAAUGGAAUUGUUCAAUAAUUUUUCUAUAAGUCGCAUACGAGUAUAAUAUAAUUCGAAGUAGGACUGUGCUAUUGCACUCACUGAAACACACCAAAUUAGUAUUAUCAGUACUGGUAGUUAAGUCCACUAGCUUCCCUCACUGUUCCGUGAUUAUCUAAUUUAAUUGUAGAUAUUUGCUAGGGAAUAAUCGGUAUGUUGUUAUUUUUAUAUGAAUAAAAAUAUGUAGUUAGAUUUUCUAAACACCAUAGAAUAAUGGGACAGGAAUGAUAAUGGAUUAACAUAAUACUAGUUGAUAGUGGUACUAUGUAUUUGUAAAUAUCGCUCCGUAAGGGGCUUGAGACGAAUAAACAUCUUAUGUUAUGUUGUAAUGAACUAUCAUUGCAGUAAAGUUAUGAAUACAUGGUAUGAAUGUUGAUGUGAAUGUAUUUUAGCGUAGACCCGUAGUUUUGUUGUAAUUGGAUGAGCUAAGCAGAUACAACGAUUGAUAAUACUAUAAUAUUACCUAAAUAUUGAAAGAAUAAGAAAAGAAGUAAGGAUUACGUGGAGUUCUUUUAACUUUAUGAUCGCUUUUGUUAGAUGUCUUAGCUCAAUAUGAUGUGUUUACAGUUGAACUACUAAAGACCCUGUUUUGUUGUAAAAAAGUCUAAAAGGCAUAUUGUUAAAAUUGUUUCGAUUUUUAUGACGAUUUGGUUAUCGUACUUUCGGGUGAUAAACGGGUUAAAUAUAGAUUGUCGUAUGGUGGUAGAUAGGAGAAGAUUAAAUUACGCUAGUACUUCAGAAAUAAGAUAUUCAUUGAGGACGUCUAAAUUAUAAGUAGUUACAUUAGCUUCUCAAUGUUUUAGAGUUAGUCGACGAAUGAGUCAGCACGAUAACCCGAUGCUAGAUAAAUUUGUUGUACUAACUUUAUCUUUACUAGAAUUUUAUUUAAAUUCAACGGUUCAUUACUUACAUAUUUCUUUAAGUUUACUAAGGUAUACCUCUGUUUUAAAUUUCAAAUCUUUGUCCGUAAUUUUAUCUAUCGUUUGUUUUAUUUGUGUAGUUUUGUAUGUUGAAUUAGUGAAAUUUCUUUGAUUGCGAGUUUGUCUACAUCGGGUGGGAGGGCGAGAACUCAGAGUCAGCUAUCAAAUGGCUGUCAGUAAUUUUAAGAAUUGACUUUACUGAAAUGUUGACAUGUACAUAUAGCUGAUCAACAUAGGUUAAUAAUUAACGAAUUCUUUUCCUGUAAUUUUUUCGGUGUCUUUAGUGUAUAGCGUUAAUAUUAGGUAUAUUUUAAGUUGUGAAUCGUUCAGCAAUAAAUCCAUUGAUAAUUUUACCAUUAAGUAUAUUCGUUUUUAAUGAUGUCCAUUGUACUUGUAAAUUUGAUUUGAUGGAGUCGACAGAUAAUCCGUAACGCUUUAUAAUUAGGUUCAUCGAAAUCUAGAAUUUCGUAUAGCGUUUCAUGUAUUUCACUUUUGGAAUCAUAAUUUUUGCACUUUUGGUUUUAAUAAGUCGUUUAGGAUUAUUCUAAAUCUGGCUUACCAUUGGCAUGAGAGAGAUCUUAAACAUACUUCAUUCAAAGUACCACAUUUCGAUAUAAAGUUUAGAGUCUGAUACAUAAAGACGAUGUUCUAUACAAGAUACACUAUUUUUAUUAUAUUGAGUUUUUCUAGGCAGUUUUUACCGCGGACCACCACUUUGUGGUACCUGCUGCC